AUGGCCGGAGGACCACGUUCAUUGUCUACACAACAACACGAAAUGACCGAACGCACUGCCAACACAUAUAUGAAAAGGGUCAUGGACGAGGGCGAGAUGGCUCGUGCAAAGUUAACUGACCAAAAUGUCAGUAUCUUGAACUAUCCAGACCCGCUCACGUCUCGACCCCAACUUCAAAGAUGCCCUCAAGGAGUGACCUCUGAGAUGGAAGCGAGAUGGUGCCAGAUGAUUGAAGAGUCUAAGAAGCGAGCUUGA